AUGGCACUGUCAUUUUUACUCAUGCCAUUGUUUCUCUUCACUAUUGUGUCCCCAAACACCUUCUCAUCCUUUGCUUCUCCUGUCUCUUACAUGGAUCAUUGUGGUUCUAUGGUUCCAAUUCCAAACUCAAUCCUCAACGACUCAAAGUUCAAAGUCUUCCCACACGGUCAACGCCAACAUGGUUACUAUCUUGGUGGUGGCACUGUCUACCCCCGGGGAGGGGGUCAGAAAGAUGUUACCCUUCAAAUCAAGAAUGUGUUCGAAACUGAUGUUGCUGGCAUCCUCAACGUAGGAGCAAGGUUAGAAAUGCGAAGUGCCACUUGGUAUUACCGUGUCCAUGAUGGAAACUUCUCAGAUACCAACAUGUGGAACUACGAUCAGUUUCCAACUUUUAUAACGUUUUUGCUUGAAGGGUUCUGGUCAGAAUAUUCAGGGAAGCUUUGUAUGGUUGGAACAGAAACUGAUGAUGGCAUGCGGCAACCCUUGGAAGUUGUUCUCAGGCUUUACAAUGUUGUCAAUUCGAGGAAUACUAUUUCUACUUUGAUUACUGGAAGCUUGGAAAGCGUGAGUUCUGAGCACGAGGUGAGUUAUUUUGAAUCCCUUUCGCUGUUUAUUUUUCCAAAAAUGGAUUAUGAAUAUAGUUUGGAUACUAAAGAAACAAGAAAUGAGUAUGCUGAUGAAGGUGAAGUAGUGGUGGGCUUACCCGUUAAUCCAGUUAGAUUUUGCUCAAAGCUUUUUUCAAUGAUUAAUGGUAAUUAUGAUUUGCAAUAUCAACGUGAGUGCAAAUCUGCAAAAAAUUGCAUUCCUGUUGAAGUUGAUGACAACCAAUUGCCUUACAUUGUGUCUUUGGAAGUAUUGGUUUGUUCAAAUGUUAAGCAAAGGCUGAAACUAUUGAUUGGUUUUGGCAAUAUUUAUUUUGGUUCCAUUGGGUCUUUCAAUCCUAAUUCUACAUUAGUUGGAGAAGGGUGGUGGGAUGAGGAAAAGAACCAAUUGUGCAUAGUUGGUUGCCAUUUCUUGGGAAAUGGAGGAUCAAUGGCCAGUGUCCAUGUGGGUGAUUGCUCAACAAGAAUGAGUAUGAGGUUUCCAAAAAUUUGGUCAAUGAAUGAUGCAAGUAGCAUUGUGGGCCAAAUUUGGAGCAACAAAGCUGUGGGGGAUUCAGGUUAUUUCAAGAGAAUGAUUUUAAGAAGUCAUCAAGACAAAAGGGAUAGAAUUGCUGGUAUAAAAUAUGAGUAUAGCCAACUUGACAAAGCCAGAAAAAUGUGCCCAAGACAAGAACCUCUCAAGAACAAGGGAAUAAGGUAUCCGGAUGUUUAUUCUUCUGACAUGAAAUUUGACAUGGGAGUUGAAUACUAUGACAAAAUAGUUGCUUGGGGUUCUUCUAUAACAUUUGUUAUUAAUGAUCAGAUCCAAAAGUUGAACUUAGAUGAAAACUUUGUUCCCAAGUCCAGCCACACACAACCAUUUACUUCAGCAGACUCCAGCAGUGCUGGCCUGUACAAUAUUAGCUACCAAAUUAUCUUCGGUCUAGAACCUGAUGCAAAAUUAGGUGAAGAGAAGUCAUUGUUAAAUGCAACUACGAACGCAACUGAGACAGAAAUUAAUGUUUCUGCUGAGGGAAUUUAUGAUGUUGAAUCUGGAAGUUUGUGUAUGGUAGGUUGCAGGAAUCUUGGAUCACCAAACCAAAUACCAACAACAGAUUCUGUGGAUUGUGAAAUUAUAGUCAAGUUUCAGUUCCAACAGCCAAAGGAAAAGAACAAUGGAGCUUAUGUUAAGGGAAGUAUUGAAAGCAUGCGCAAAGAUUCAGACCCUCUUUACUUCAUUCCCUUGAACCUGUCUUCAGUUGCGUAUUACACAAUAGAACCGAAACAAAUCUUAAGAAAAGUAGAUGUGGAGAUCAUAAUGAUUCUGGUGAGUACCACGCUAGCAUGUGCUUUUGUGGGUUUGCAACUCUACCAUGUGAAAAGAAAUCCUGACAUGGUUCCCUUAAUGUCCUUUAUCAUGCUAUUAAUUCUCACUUUGGGAAAUAUGACAUCUCUUGUUCUCAACUUUCAUUCGCUUCUUGCACAAAAUCAUGCAAAGAUAAGCAUUUUGCUUGAAAAUCAAUGGCUUGGGCUAAAUGAAAUUUCUGUAAGGCUAAUAGCAAUGGCAACUUUCCUUUUGCAACUCCGACUCCUGAAGCUAACAUGGUCAGCAAGAAAGGGUGAUAGAACUCAGAAUGGUCUCUGGAUUGCUGAGAAGAAGGUUCUGUAUGUGAUCUUUCCUAUAUAUGUUGCUGGAUUCUUAAAUGCAUUGCUUGUGUUCCGAAACAAUGCUUUCCAUGACCAUGCAGUGCCUUCAUAUGGCCUUUCAAACUAUCAGAAACAUUUGUUGUGGAUGAAUUUGAAAUUUUAUUCAGGUUUGGUACUAGAUGGCUUUCUCUUACCUCAAAUUUUGCUUAAUAUGUUCUGGAAUUCCAAGGGCGAUGCUCUUUCUCGUUUAUUUUUCUUUGGAACAAGCAUGGUGAGACUUCUUCCCCGGGCAUAUGAUGAUCUCUUUGAGGCUCUUAUAUAUGUUAUUGGUUCAACCUAUCACACUGACGAGGAGCGGGGUGAAUAUUAUUCCCGUGCUUCGGAUAUGAUUGUUCCUUUGGUAGUGUUGGUGUUUGCUAUAAUUAUCUAUUUGCAACAAAAGUUUGGUGGUCGCAGCAUUCUUCUUUGGAGAAACACAGAUAAAGAGUAUGAAAAGGUGUCAGUGGUGGCUGAAGCAUAG